AUGGACUUGCAGUUGGUGAAAAAGGGUCUUCUUGAUUAUACCAGAAGAAAGAAGAGGUGGGCUCUUUUACUAGCAGCUCUUGGUUUCUCUACUUAUACUGCCUAUAAAGUUUAUCACCUUCCUUUACUAGCUGAAAAAAGAAAGAGAGUUUCCAAGAUUUUUGGAGCUUUUGUUGCUGUUGCUGAAGUUAUCUCUGAUUCUGCUGAAACUAUUGGGGUUGUUUCUAAGGAUUUUAAAGAUUUUGUUCAAUCCGAAUCAGACCAAAUUCCCAAUAGUUUCAAGCAAAUUUCUAAAGUGGCAAGGUCAAAUGAGUUCUCGGAUGCACUAGUUACCCUUACACAAGCUUUAACUGUGGGAAUUUUGCGUGGUUACCAAGCCAAUGCAAGAAGAAUUGAUAAUGAAGCUGGUGCCAAUGGGAAUGGGAAUGAAAGUCCAAGUUUUUUGGAUAAGGUUUUUGAUAAGCUUUGUUCUUCAGCUGGGUCUGGUUUUGUCUCUGUUGUUGUUGGAAGCUUUGCUAGGAACUUGGUUUUGGGAUUUUGUGAAGGUGGUCUGAAUUCAAAUUCAGAUUUGAAUGCUUCCGCUACUGGUGCUGAUGGUCAUGAUUCUGCUCGAAAAUUGGUGGAUGUGGUUUGUGGUGAUAAGUCUAAAGAGCUGAUUGGUGAUUGUAUUCAGUUAUUUGUGAGCACAGCCGUUGCGGUUUACCUUGACAAAACUAUGCAUAUCAACACCUAUGAUGAAUUUUUUGCAGGAUUAACCAAUCCUAAGCAUGAAACCAAGGUGAGAGGGGUGUUGGUAUCAUUAUGUAAUGGUGCAAUUGAGACUCUUGUCAAGACAUCUCAUCAAGUUUUGACAACUGAUGAUUCUAACACGAAUUCGAGUUUCGAUUCCCCUUAUUCGGCUGUUGAUCAAGGAGAAAGUGCAAUGGGGGAUGAGCUCUCUGGAAAAGAAGCGUUUUUUAGUGAACCUAAAGCAAGAAAAUCAUUUGACGAGGUUAAGGAGAAUGGGUGGGUUAAUAAAGUGUCAUCUACAUUGGCAGUCCCAAGCAACAGGAGGCUUGUUCUCGAUGUGACUGGGAGGGUUACGUUCGAGACUGUCCGGUCUUUCCUGGAGUUUCUGCUGGGGAAUCUGUAUAAUGGAAUAAGGAGAUGUGUUGAUGUUUUUCAUGAAGUUGUUGUUAAUAGUGGUCUUGAAGUAGUGAGAUAUGUCAAUGCAAAAUCCUCUGUUAUAGCAACUGUAUGCAUUUCUUUGUGCUUGCACAUAUUAGAUGGUGAUUGGAUUCUGGUUCCAGCUUAA